AUGGAGCCGACCUGGCGGGUCCCGGCACCGCCGCCGCCGCCGCCGCUGCUGCUGCUGCUGUCGCUGCUCCUGCAGGUGGCGGGGCCAGUCGGCUGCCUGGCCGAGACCUUGCUGGACGCGCCCCGCGUCGUGGACAGCAGCAGCUCCAGCCCGCCCAGCCCCGCCAGCGUGGUGGCCCCGGGCACGAGCCUGAACGAAGAGACUCGCCUGCCCGUGUUCACUCUCGAUUAUCCGCACGUGCAGAUCCCCUUCGAGAUCACGCUCUGGAUCCUGCUGGCCUCGCUGGCCAAGAUAGGUUUUCACCUCUAUCACAAAUUGCCUACCAUCGUUCCUGAGAGCUGCCUCCUCAUUAUGGUGGGACUUCUGCUGGGUGGGAUUAUUUUUGGAGUUGAUGAGAAGUCCCCGCCUGCCAUGAAGACUGAUGUGUUUUUCUUGUACCUCCUUCCACCCAUUGUGCUGGAUGCGGGCUACUUCAUGCCCACUCGGCCAUUCUUUGAGAAUAUAGGCACCAUCUUCUGGUAUGCUGUGGUGGGAACACUUUGGAAUUCCAUUGGCAUUGGAGUCUCUCUGUUCGGAAUCUGCCAGAUUGAAGCCUUUGGUCUGAGUGACAUCACUUUGCUGCAGAAUCUGCUCUUUGGCAGCCUGAUCUCCGCCGUGGACCCUGUGGCUGUGCUGGCUGUCUUUGAGAACAUUCACGUCAAUGAGCAGCUCUACAUCUUAGUCUUUGGGGAGUCCCUUCUCAAUGAUGCAGUGACCGUGGUCCUGUACAACUUGUUCAAGUCUUUCUGCCAGAUGAAAACCAUUGAGACCAUUGACGUGUUUGCUGGAAUUGCUAACUUUUUUGUUGUGGGAAUUGGUGGGGUGUUGAUUGGCAUCUUCCUUGGAUUUAUAGCAGCAUUUACCACUCGGUUCACACAUAACAUCCGAGUGAUUGAGCCACUCUUUGUCUUCCUGUACAGUUACUUGUCCUAUAUAACAGCUGAAAUGUUUCACCUCUCAGGCAUCAUGGCAAUCACUACCUGUGCAAUGACUAUGAAUAAAUAUGUGGAGGAAAAUGUAUCUCAGAAAUCCUACACAACUAUCAAGUACUUCAUGAAGAUGCUAAGCAGUGUCAGUGAGACCCUGAUCUUCAUCUUUAUGGGUGUGUCCACCGUUGGGAAGAACCAUGAGUGGAACUGGGCCUUCGUCUGCUUCACUCUGUUCUUCUGUCUGAUCUGGAGAGCUUUGGGUGUCUUUGUUCUGACGCAGGUCAUUAACUGGUUCCGGACCAUUCCCCUGACCUUUAAGGAUCAGUUCAUCAUUGCCUACGGAGGACUCCGGGGAGCUAUCUGCUUUGCUCUAGUCUUUCUCCUUCCUGCUGCUGUAUUUCCUCGGAAAAAGCUAUUCAUUACAGCAGCAAUUGUUGUCAUCUUCUUCACUGUUUUCAUCUUGGGAAUCACCAUCCGACCACUAGUGGAGUUUCUAGAUGUAAAGAGAUCCAAUAAGAAGCACCAAGCUGUCAGUGAGGAGAUCCACUGUCGGUUUUUUGAUCAUGUGAAGACUGGAAUUGAAGAUGUUUGUGGACACUGGGGUCACAACUUUUGGAGAGACAAGUUUAAGAAGUUUGAUGAUAAAUAUCUGCGGAAGCUUUUGAUUCGAGAAAAUCAACCCAAGUCCAGCAUUGUAUCCUUAUAUAAGAAACUUGAAAUAAAACAUGCCAUUGAGAUGGCAGAGACUGGGAUGAUAAGCACUGUACCUUCUUUUAUAUCUCUAAAUGAUUGCCGUGAAGAAAAAAUAAGGAAGCUUACCCCUGGAGAAAUGGAUGAAAUCCGAGAAAUACUAUCAAGAAAUCUUUAUCAAAUUCGUCAAAGAACUCUGUCUUACAAUCGACACAAUCUGACUGCGGACACUAGCGAGAGACAAGCCAAGGAGAUUCUGAUUCGCCGCAGGCACAGUCUUCGGGAGAGCAUCAGGAAAGACAACAGCUUGAACCGAGAACGCAGGGCUUCUACUUCGACUUCUCGGUAUUUAUCUUUACCAAAAAAUACAAAGCUCCCUGAAAAGCUUCAAAAGAAAAAAGCAUUUCCAAAUGCAGGUGGCAACAGCAGCGAUUCAGACACAGAUGCUUCCACCACGGUCCUCAAUCUACAGCCCCGGGCACGGCGCUUCUUCCCAGAGCAGUACACCAAGAAAGCUCCCCAGGCCUAUAAAAUGGAAUGGAAGAAUGAGGUGAAUGUUGAUUCUGGCCUGGGGCAGCCCAGCAACCCUCCUGUACCACUCAGCAAAGAAGGGGGCACCCAGACCCCAGGUGUGCUACGGCAGCCAUUGCUCUCUAAAGGCCAGCAGAGUCUGGUGCGGGGAGAUAGUGGUACUGUAGAGCCAAGGCCCAGGCCACCACCCAGGCUGGUCAGGAGAGCCUCAGAACCUGGGAACCGCAAGGGUCGCUUUGGAAAUGAAAAGCCUUAGUGGAAGCCACUGCCAGGGUAACCUGAGACCCACCCCCCAGUCCACCUGUGUCUUCUAACCAAAACCCUGACACCAGCAGGGAAUCCACGUAAAACCCAUCUAAGCACGUUCUGCAGGAGAUGGA